AAUCUAUUCCAGCAUGCUACGGAAAAAAGUACGCUUAUCACGGGUCAGCUCCGUAGCUCUAAACGCUCGGCCUUCCUAGUGCCGAUAAGCCGGUCUCAAAUUCGGCCGGCUGCGGCGCAAAACGAGGUGUCGUUAUGAGUAGUUUGGCAGAGGUUCAAUCAGUACUCAAGUCAUCGUUCUCUAGUUCAGAGUUCCGCAGCAGUUACAAAAAACCAACACAAAAAUGGCCAAGCUCGCAAUUUGCAUCCUCGUGUUCGCCCUGUUCGCCUUGGCUCUGUCCGCCCGCGUCCCCCGUGAGGAAUCCAAUCCUGCCCAAGAAUUUCUUACCAAGGCCCAGGGUGAUUUCAACGAAUUCAUUGAAAAGUUGAAGGCGUUGGACGCGAAGAAGGUUGAGGGUCUCUUCAAGGAUGGAUUAAAUACCGUGCAGGAGGGUCUGCAAAAACUUAACGAAACAUUUCUUCAGGCACCAGCCGCAUCCACCUAAGACGUUGUUGGAUGGCCAUAUAUCAUUACAUUGAAAACGACUCCAAUAAAUGUUUUAACUUUAACUUUAGUUGUUACAUACAUGAAAACUAAAAAAUGAAAUUAAAACGUUAAUUGUUUUUAGCAC